CCACUCCCUCACUCACCUCCUUUAUGACUUUCCCUCUAUUUCUGCUCCAACCAAAACAAGCCCUUUCUUUCAUCACCCUAAAAAGGGAGUUAAACCCAAAAGUUCUGAGGGAUACGAUACCUUCUCUUCUCGGUCCCUAUUUAUUGCUUCCAAGAUUUCCAAAUCUAAACCACCCACAUCCAGAUUUUCUAUGGCAAACUCCAUACCGGAGGUGUCAAAACGUAGAAGAUUGAGUCAAAACGACAACGACAACCACAACCACAACCAGCUGCAGCAGCAGCCCCUCCUGCCCGGACUCCCGGACCAUAUAGCCCAGGCCUGUCUUUCUCUAGUUGACCCCACUACUUUAUACUCCGUCUGCCGCUCGUGGCGGCGCGUCAUCUACACGCGCUCAUUCCCUCCAUUUCUCUCUCUCUAUGCUCUGUUGUCUUGUUCAUCUUCGAAUUCGAUCCAGUUCUACAACUUUGACCCGGUUUCGUCCAAGUGGGGGGCUCUUCCCUCCAUGCCGCCGGACCCGCCUCUCCGCCUCUUCCUCCGCCACCCGGCUUUCAUAUCCCGAAACCUCCCGAUCCAAUCCGUCUCCGCAUCAGGCAACCUGAUCCUCCUCGCCGCCACCACUCAUAAUUUCUCUCCUGCUCUCCCCCGGCCGCUCAAUUUUGAUCUCAGCACGAGCAGCUGGCACUUCGGUCCCCCACUCGCCACCCCGCGUCGCUGGUGCGCAGCUGGAACCCUAAGAGGCGCGGUUUACGUGGCGAGUGGGAUCGGGUCCCACUUCUCGGUGAACGUGGCUCGCUCCGUCGAGAGGUGGGACCUGAGCAAGAAGAACAAUAGUACUAGCCCGAACGGGAGCGAGUACUUGGGAUGGGAGUGGGAGUGGGAGAGAGUGAGCUCCCUACGAGACGGCAGGUUCAGCAGAGACGCGAUCGACGCCGUCGGCUGGAGAGGGAAGCUCUGCAUGGUGAACGUGAAAGGCGACGCCCUCAAAGACGGCGUCGUCUACGACGCGGAGAAGGACACUUGGCAGGACAUGCCGGAGGGAAUGAUCGCCGGGUGGACGGGGCCGGUGGCGGCCAUGGACGAGGACGUGAUGUACGUGGUGGACGAGGCCAAGGGAGCUCUGAGAAGGUACGAUCCGGGGAGGGACGCGUGGCACCAGAUACUGGAGUCAGAGAGCCUGAAAGGGGCGGAUCAGAUUGCGGCAGGAGGCGGCCGUGUUUGUGCUGUUUGCCGCGGUCGGAUUGUGGUGGUGGACGUGGCGGCGCCGCGGCCGAGAGUGUGGGAUGUGGAAACGCCGUCGGGGCUUGAAGCGGUGGCGAUUCACAUCUUGCCGAGAAUGUGCCAGCUGGUUUGAUCGAUUUUUUCGACUAUUCUUUUUUUUUUUUGGAUAUUGUUUGAUUUAAUAUAUUUUUUUCUUUCUUUCUGUAAUUCUUUGUUCAUUGAAUGGCGAAAGUGAAAAUUUGUCGAUUUUGGGGAGAAGAAGUGGUUGCAAAUAAGACACGGGAUACAGUAGUUGGGUGUUGUUCCUUUUUUGAUAGUGUCAUGUGGGGGAUGUUCAGAUACGGAUACAACUGACCCAGUGUCAUGUGGGGAUGUAUGUAUGUUCAGAUAUGGAUACAACUUGCCGCCCAAAAAAAAAAAAAGAUGUGGAUACAACUUGUGGAGGUGGCCUUUUGAAUUGUUUAGAAGGUAAAUGCGAAAUCAAUUAAAUGAAGGUGCUGAACGUGAUGCUUUCUGAAGAGGAGUCAUGAAUUUUGGAAGAGGCAUUUUGUCCAGUGUAUUAGGAAUUUAGGCAGGGUGCAGUGAUGAUUGGGUGAUGAUGGGUUGCAGCGAAACGGGGGUAUGGCUGGCUAGCAUUUGCCUUUCCCAUACCUCGCAUUUGGUGUAAGCCUUUGUAUUUACAAGAUACCAAAUCAAAGUAUUGCUUGACCAACAAGAGAGGUUGUAUGAAAGACAAUCUGAACUACAAGCUCUACUGGAAGCUUCCAAAGGUCCUGGACCCCCUGUUAAUGGGGCUUAAUUCAACAGCCACAGAAGACUGGUCUGGAUCAUUUGAGUGGGAUUCUUAAGCAUGAUGUUAGGUUCAGUGUAUUUGGCAUCUCCACAUAUCGUGCAAAUCAGCGAGAGAUUAUCAAUGCUGUCAUGAGUGGAAGAGAUGUUCCAGUGAUUAUGGCUGCAGGUGGUGGCAAGAGUCUCUGUUACCAGCUUCCAGCUAUUCUUCGUGAUGGAGUUGCUCUUGUUGUCAGCCCACUGCUUUCUUUGAUUCUGGACCAGGUGAUGGGCUUGGAAGCUUUAGGGAUUCCAGCUCAUAUGCUGACAUCAACUACAAGGAAGAGAAGUUAAUAUACAAGGCCCUCGAAAAGGGUGAAGGAGAUUUGAAGAUAUUGUAUGUGACGCCAGAAAAGAUAUCGAAGAGUAAGAGGUUUAUGUCAAAACUUGAAAAGUGCCAUCAUGCUGGUCGUCUCUCUCUAAUUUCUAUUCAUGAGGAACAUUGUUGCAGCCAAUGGGGCCAUGAUUUUCGACCCAAUUACAAAAAUCUUGGUAUCCUCAAGACUCAGUUUCUCAAUGCUCCAGUGAUUGCUUUGACUGCAACUGCUACCCCGAAAGUCCAAAGGGAACUUCUGCCGAUUAACAGGUAUAAGCAUAGAGAUCCAAAUUCAUCAAAUGGUACAGCAAAGAUCAGGCAAGUAAAGAUCAGCAUAUGGUUUCUUGGUUGAUCUGUUUAAGCGAAAGGUUUCUUGAUCAACAUAUUACAUUCUGCAGUCUUAAUCUGCAGUGGGGUUAUGGAAUGGAAGGUGGGAGACGAUCAAGAUCAGAUUAGAGGUAUAGGCCAUACUAGAGAUAUGUUUCUCAAUUUGUAUUAGAUCUUUUGCAAUGUCAAGAAAGUGCCAUGCUAGCUUUAUUAAUUGAAUUGUAUAAGAUUAAAGGAUCCUAUCCGUGGGUUAAUAAUAUUUUCUUCAUCUUCUGAACUUCUUCA